GAAAUGUAUCACGUGUGGACAGUGGGUUGUGGAAGUGGAAUAGAAAUGUGGGGUUGAGAAAAUUGUAAACAAAUUGUCUUUUUAUUUGGUUUAUAAUAAAUUAAAGAGUUAAAAUUUAGCUAUGAAUAGCUUAAAAUCAUUUAGUAUAUUACAUCGUUUUUUUGAAACACGUCUACGUGGUUGCUGUGAUAUGGUUUUUAUUAGUUAUAACCCUAAAGUAAAUUUCACAUACUUUCAUAUGAACAAAUAUCUGCAGAAGCAUCAGCGUUUCAAAUUCCAGACCCUCUGCACGGUACAUGACAAAGGCCGGCCUCCUUUUGAUAGCAAAAAUGUGAAGAAGGAAAUACAAUCUUACAUAAGGCAGAAGCAAAUCAAGCUUAAAGCGACCGAGCAAAGGAUCAAAGUUUGCGGAGAAACUCUACGAAAAGACUUUGUAGACACAAAAAAUAAGGUUAAAGAGAAAGUUGAAGAGGUCAUAGAGAGAGAAAACAUCUAUACUAUUCCUAACUUUCUGUGCGUUUCGCGAAUUUUGCUGUCGCCUUAUUUAGGUUUGCUGAUUGUGCAAGCGGAGUUCCACUUUGCGCUAGCUCUUCUCGGGGUAGCUGCAGUGACUGACUUAUUAGAUGGCUGGAUUGCGAGAACAUGGGCCAGCCAAUCAUCAAUAAUGGGUAGUUUUUUAGAUCCAAUGGCUGAUAAGGUUUUAAUAGCCACAUUGUUUUUAUCUUUAACGUAUGCAGAUUUAAUACCGGUGAGCCUUACUGGUUUAAUACUUCUUCGAGACGUCCUUUUGGUAGCUGCUGCACUCGCACUGAGGUACAAGUCACUCUCAUCACCGCGAACUAUGGGAAAACUUUUUGAUAUUUCACAUGCAACUGUGCAAAUUAAGCCGACUUUUAUCAGUAAAAUUAAUACAGGAGUUCAACUGGCUCUGGUGGGUUCUACACUGGCAGCUCCGGUUUUUCAUUACGUUGGGCAUCCAUUGCUGCAAUCUCUCUGGUAUAUAACUGCAGCCACUACGAUUGCAGGAGGACUGAGCUACAUAUUAUCAAAGAAUACUUAUAAGAUAAUUAAGAAGAAGAAUAAUAAAACAUGAUUUUAUUCAGAAAAUACUUAAAAAGACAAACAUAAAAAUCAAUAAUACCAUUUUUAAUCUGA